AGUGCGGUGUGUCAGCUGCCUCCUUCAUCUCUACGAAAAUCUUCUAAAGAUCAAGGUGGGAAAUGUGUGGUAUCUGGGCUUUGUUUGGCAGUGAUGAGUGCCUGUCAGUCCAGUGCACCAGUGCCAUGAAGAUCGCUCACAGGGGCCCUGAUGCCUUCCGCUUUGAGAACGUCAACGGCUUCAUCAACUGCUGCUUUGGCUUCCACCGGUUGGCCAUUGUGGACCACCUGUAUGGUAUGCAACCCUUGCGCAUCAAGAAGUUUCCUUUCUUGUGGUUAUGCUACAAUGGAGAGAUCUACAACCAUCACACACUCCAGAAGGAGUUUGGCUUUGAUCAUCAGACCAAAGUGGACGGUGAGAUUCUGCUCCAUCUGUAUGACCGCUUUGGCAUCCAGAAGAUGGCUUCUCUCCUGGAUGGUGUGUUUGCUUUCAUUCUGCUGGACACUGCCAACAAAAAAAUCUUUCUGGGAAGAGACACGUACGGUGUCCGGCCGUUGUUCCGACUCCUGGCGGACGAUGGAUUUCUCGCGGUGUGCUCCGAAGCCAAAGGGCUUACAGACCUUACCCAUGCCGUGUCGACCCCGGCCAACAUCGUUCCCUUUCCCCCGGGGCACUUUGAGGUCUUUGAUCUGAAGCCCAACGGCAAAGUUCGGUCCCUUCAAAUGGAGCGCUUCCACUGCUGCACCACCGAGCCCGCUCAUGCCAUCCACGACCUUGUGGAGAGUCUGCCUACAGGUUUUGAUGAGGAAACGGUGAAAGGCAACAUCAGGGCCCUGUUUGAGAAUGCUGUGAGGAAACGGCUCAUGGCCAGCAGGAGGAUCGGCUGUCUUCUGUCAGGGGGUCUGGACUCGAGUCUAGUUGCUGCUACCCUGGUGAAGCUGGCCAAGGAGGAGAAGCUGCAGUAUCCCAUCCAGACCUUUUCCAUUGGGGCAGAGGACAGUCCAGACAUCAUAGCUGCCCGCAAGGUGUCAACUCACAUCGGCAGUGAACACCACGAGGUGAACUUCACUGCAGAAGAAGGCAUCCAAGCUGUAGAUGAAGUCAUCUUUCACCUGGAGACCUAUGACAUCACCACCAUACGGGCCUCUGUGGGGAUGUACUUGGUUUCAAAGUACAUCAGGGAGAAGUCGGACAGUGUGGUGAUCUUCUCUGGAGAGGGGGCUGAUGAGCUGACUCAGGGAUACAUUUACUUCCACAAGGCUCCAACUCCCAAAGCAGCUGCAGAGGACAGCAUUCGCCUGAUGAAGGAACUCUACCUGUUUGAUGUCCUCCGUGCUGAUCGCACCACUGCUGCACACGGGCUGGAACUCCGAGUGCCUUUCCUGGACCACAGGUUCACAGCUUACUACCUGUCCCUGCCUGAGGACAUGAGGACCCCUAAGCACGGGGUGGAGAAGCAUCUUCUGCGGGACUCCUUCAAAGACCUCAACCUGAUCCCCGAUGAGAUCCUGUGGAGGCGCAAAGAGGCCUUCAGUGACGGCAUCACGUCUGUGAAGAAGUCCUGGUACCUCAGCCUGCAGGAGCACCUCGAGUCUAUGGUGAACGAUGACCAGAUGGAGAAGGCUCACAGGACGUACCCUCACAACCCCCCACGCACCAAAGAGGCCUACUACUUCAGACAGGUGUUUGAGAAGCACUACCCCGGCCGAGCCGAGUGGCUGUCCCAUUACUGGAUGCCCCGCUGGACCAACGCCACGGACCCAUCGGCCCGCACCCUGGCCAUCUACAAGCCUGAUAAGGAGCAGUGAUCCCUCAACCAGCAUUCUGUUCUUCAUUCUGCAUGUGUCAUACAUGGGAUACAUUAAAUUGCUAUGUUAUGGUUU